AUGCUCAUCAUUUGUAAGUUGGGUCGAGCAACGAUGCCGAAGUGGCCGCUUGCGUUCCACCCCUGGCGCGCCAACCAGGCAACACGAUGUCAUGGCCGGCAAACCAGAGCAAGCUUGGGCCGGAGACUCGAGAGUCUCGGCCGAGCCAGACACGUUCCAGAUAUCCCAUCACCUACCACAGGCUCGGUCUCCUGA